UCUAUGAUGUCAUUUCUAGAAAAUUGAAAUAGCGACACCGGUUAAGCUCAACAAUUUUUAGUUGAAAAAAAUCUGUUUAUCUGUCUGUGUAAAUCAUAUAAUAAGAAAAAUGACUAAUAAAAAAGAUGCAAUUUUUGACCUUAUUAAAGAAAUAGGAUAUACUGGUCCACUCUUGGAUAAAAUUGAAUUUUAUAAGGCAAUUGAAGAAGGCCCAAAAAGUAUAGAAUUUAGUUGCCUGGUAAGCUAUCUCUGUAGUGAAUUGCGAUUACUGGCUGACUUAGAUGAAUGUGUGAAUCCAAUGGCUACCACUGAAGACUCCAUUUCUUUUAUACUAGAAGUUAGCUCACUUUUGAAGGAAUCAGGUUGCCCCUAUAGUUCACUUAUUCAUGGCCAUGCAAGUGAUAGAUUUGCUACUGUGGAUGAUAGGCUGCUGUUGUUAGAUUACUUAAUAACAGAAGUCAUGGCUGCUAGAAUUCUUGAAGAAAAUAAGCCUGCAAAAAAAUUGGAACUUAAACUAAAUGAAACACCACAAGCGGCCGAUUUAAGGAAGAUAUUACAAACAUUAGGAUUUUCAAGGCCCCCACCAAAUAUUACUGUUCAAACAUUAAUUCAAAAAUUGACCCAGUCAAUUCAAAAUACCAUUUCAAAAGCUAAUCCAGAUCUCAUUGGUAAUUCUUUAUUUAAUGGCAUGCUUUCGGAAGCACAAUGGGAUAAACUCAACGACGUUCAUAAGGAAUUGCAAGAGGAUUAUACAAUUCGAAGGGAAACUUUAUUAAAACGUUUAGAUUGCACUGUUCAAUCUUUUCAAUGGUCAGAUAAGACUAAAGGUAAAGAAGAACUAUUUGAAGACGUUUAUGAAAAAAAGAGAAAAAUACUUAAGUCUGAACCAGAUGUAGAUAUAUCCGAUCUUUUAGCUGCGAGGGAUGAUUUGGCUGUUAUUGAAAAAACCAGCAAUUCAACAGUUAGAAAAAACACUCAGUCAGCAAUCAGUAAAGUUAUUAUUGGAAAGGUUCCUGACAGAGGGGGCAGAACAUCAGAACAAGCUCCUCCUCCACCUGAAAUGCCUUCAUGGCAACAACGAACCGCAGGACCACCUCCAGGCGGUCGUGGAGGUAGAGGGGGUGGUGGUGGUAGGCAACAAGGUCGACGGGGCGGAGGACAACAACAGAGCAGCGGUUCAUUUAAUAAAAACAGCUUUGGUGGCAGCUCAGGUAGUUUAAAUCGAAGUGGGGGAGGAUAUGACAAUGCUGGUAGUUAUGGGGGUAACGUGAACUACCAACAAGGAAAAAGCGACUACAGUCGCGGGGGAGGGAGCAGUUACUCUCGAGGAGGAAGCGAUGUUGGCAAAGGAGGGAGUGACUAUAAUCGGGGCGGAAAUGAUUACAAUAGAGGAGGUAAUUAUUUCAAUCAAGGAGGGAGCAACUAUAAUCGAGGUGGGCACGACGACAACAGAGGUGGGAAUAACUACAAUCGAGAAGGAAAUGAUUACAAUAGAGGAGGCAAUGAUUAUAGUAGAGGAGGUAAUGAUUACAAUCAAGGAGAAAGCAACUAUAAUCGAGGAAGGAAUGAUUAUAACCAAGGAGGAAGCGGUUACUACCGACGGGGAGAAAACGACUACAAUCGAGGAGGCUCCGAUUAUGGACGAAGCAGCGCUCCCUUUGAUAGUGCUGGAAGCUAUGAAAUGGAAAGUACGUAUUCCCAAAACGCUGGAACCUCUUAUUCUCAGGAUAAUAACUACUACUCAUCCUCAGGUAGAACGAGUGCCAAUUACAAUGAGCCAAAAAGGCAGAAAACUUAUGAGCAAUUUCAACAAAACAAAUCAACUUACGCGGACCAGUAUGUUCAAGAAAGUAGACAGAAUCAGCAAUACCGGCCUCGAAACGAGAACACGGGCGGGCGAGGUCGAUCCAAUUACAACAGAGGAGGUUACAGAUAAGUCACUAAUUUUUAUUUAUUAAUGCGCUUGUGAUCUUUCUUAUUUGGUAUUGUACUUCUAAUUUCGAGUUUAGUAGCGCAAUAUUGGUUUGCAUAAUACUAAAAAUAUUCAAACGAACUCGCGAUAGUCAAUUGAAAGUAAUUUUUGAUUACAAAUCUCAUUAUUUAUUUUCAAGAUGUAUAUUAAUUUUUUUAGCAAAUGCAUAUAUUUACUAAUUGAAAAAUAAAGUACUUGAAACUUCACUCAGUUUUAUUAACUGAUGUCUGUUAUAAAAAUAUACGUAAAGUAGCAAAUUGAGAAGUUGGUUGAAAACAAUUAAAAACGAAAUAAUAUUACAUAAAAAUGAAACGAGUCUUAAUGGUAAUUCAAUAUAUUUGUUUAAAACAGUUAUCAAAUAAGUGACUUAGAAAUGUAUCACAUACUUAUUACAUUAAAUGAUAACACAAGUACUAUUAUUGUACAAUAACUACAUUUGUGUAACUUAGAAGGGGUAAUUACAUUAAAUAAAUACAAUUCAUUAUAAUAAUGAUCAGUAAUCUUUAAAUAAAACAUGUUCAGU